UUAAUAAUUGAUGUGAUAUAUUCAAUGCUCCCUUGAUGACGUUAGGGGGGUUGAGGGAAAGACGCCAUAUUGGAAUCGGGCAGAGCUGUGAGACAAAAAAAGAGAGUAAAUGUGAAAGUGAAUACAUUCAAGACCUUUUUAUGAAAAAGGAUUUAUGUGGCAGAAUAUUGUCUACUAAGCAUCAGUGCAAGUGACUGCUUGACUUUUUAAAAAGACUCGUAUGAGAGCUUGCUUUGAUUGCAACAAGAGGACUCGUAUACAUUGAGCGAACUUUAUCUCUUCAUUUGAAGAGGUUUAAGCUAUUACAGUUUCUGUAUGAACAUUGGGCUGUAAACUGAACCUGCAUAUUAUAUAUAUAUAUAUAUAUAUAUAUAAAAAAUUUUGAAAUAUAUAUAUAUAUAAAAUGACCACAGCCAGGACGGAAAAUCCCGUUAUUAUGGGUUUGUCUACUCAGAAUGGGCAAUUGAGGGGCCCACUGAAAUCUAGUGCAAUCCCAGGAGGGGUACCACCACAGCAAGUUGCACAGACCAACCAACAGCUACAGCAAUUAAAGAAUGCCAGCACACUUAAUGGCACUCAGCAGCAAGCGCAUACGACCAGCAGUACUAUUAAACCAGGUGAUGACUGGAAGAAAAGUUUAAAGUUGCCUCCAAAAGACAGGAGGAUGAAAACUUCGGAUGUUACUGCCACAAAAGGAAAUGAAUUUGAAGAUUAUUGUUUGAAACGAGAGUUGCUGAUGGGCAUUUUUGAAAUGGGUUGGGAGAAACCUUCUCCAAUUCAGGAGGCAAGUAUUCCUAUUGCAUUGUCUGGCAGAGAUAUAUUGGCCAGAGCCAAAAACGGAACAGGUAAAAGUGGAGCCUACCUCAUUCCAUUACUUGAAAGGCUGGACCUGAAGAGAGACUGUAUUCAAGCUAUGGUGAUUGUGCCUACCCGAGAGCUGGCACUGCAAGUCAGUCAGAUCUGUAUACAAGUCAGCAAACACAUGGGUGGUGUAAAAGUGAUGGCUACCACAGGAGGAACAAAUCUCCGGGAUGACAUCUUGAGACUCGAUGAGACUGUCCAUGUGGUGAUCGCAACACCUGGAAGAAUCCUGGAUUUGAUUAAGAAAGGUUUGGCUAAAGUGGACAACGUACAGAUGAUUGUACUUGAUGAGGCAGACAAACUACUGUCGCAGGACUUUGUACAGAUGAUGGAGGAUAUAAUUUCUACAUUACCAAGAACCAGACAGAUCUUGCUUUACUCUGCCACGUUCCCACUCAGUGUACAGAAAUUCAUGAAUUCACAUCUACAGAAACCAUAUGAAAUUAACUUGAUGGAAGAGCUGACAUUGAAAGGUGUAACUCAGUACUAUGCCUAUGUUACAGAACGGCAGAAAGUGCACUGUCUCAACACGCUCUUUUCUAGGCUUCAGAUUAACCAGUCAAUUAUAUUCUGCAACUCUUCCCAGCGAGUAGAGCUGCUGGCCAAGAAAAUCUCUCAGUUGGGUUAUUCCUGCUUCUACAUUCAUGCUAAAAUGAGGCAGGAACAUCGUAACCGUGUGUUCCAUGACUUUAGAAAUGGAAUGUGUCGCAAUUUGGUUUGCACUGAUCUGUUCACUCGUGGUAUUGAUAUCCAAGCUGUGAAUGUUGUAAUAAAUUUUGAUUUCCCAAAGAUUGCGGAGACCUACCUACAUCGCAUUGGCAGAUCAGGAAGGUUUGGUCAUCUGGGCCUUGCCAUCAAUCUAAUCACAUAUGAUGACCGCUUUAAUCUGAAAGCCAUUGAGGAGCAGCUUGGAACAGAGAUCAAGCCCAUCCCUGGCAGCAUUGAUAAAAGUCUGUAUGUUGCAGAAUACCACAGUGAGCCAGAUGGAGAGGAUAAACAGUAACUUCAAACUAAAUUGGCCAGAUCACAGAAUACAGAAACUGAAGAUUAUUUUUGCCUGUUCUGGAACACAUCAUUUCUUGGGAUACCCUUCUCUUUUCUUUGUCUAAGACAACACCAAAUCCCCAUCCAUUUUCCUUUGGCACAAAGUGUAGUUCCUGAUUUGUGAAGGACCAUUUCUUCCUAAGCUCAAUAGUUUGCACUGUGUGCAGGGAGUGGACAACUAUUGCACUAACUGGCACGGGAGAUCUAGAUUAAAGCAGCAUUGAAGAGCUGAACUGAACAGUGAACAGCACACUUUGUUACCUGUUUUCUUUUCUUUCUUUUUUCUUUUACUCUUUUUUGUUUUUUGCUGAAGCCACUGACCAGGAUAUUCAUCUGAUGGCUUCUCAACUUCUCCCAGUGCAUGUACUCGUCAGUCUUAGGCUACAAAGUUUUUAUGGUAUUUGUAUAAAGUGCCUUAAGGUGAUGCAGGACCAUAUAAAUACCAUCCCUACGUUACAGUCAUCCAUCAUUUAGCGGGGGGGGGGGGGGGGUGUUUUGGGGGGGAUGCAACUCAGACUUGUAUGACAUUAACUUCAUCUGUUUCCAUUGGUGAGAGUAAAAUGGAAUGUAUUGGUGGGGGGGGAGUGAGUAAUCUGGAAGAUUUUAGAUAUUUUUAAUUUUUGGAAGGGACUAUUUUCUUGGAGAAGUUGAGCUGGAACUCCAGAUGAGAUGUCAUCUUGAUGUAUAUAUGUUAAAUAUGUUGGGGCUAAUUUUGUUGCAUUUGCACUCAGAAGGAAAGCUUGCAUUGUGCAUUUUAAUUUUGUUCAUGGAGGUUGCCCAGAAGUCUCCAAGCAUGACCCUAGCAGAACACUAAGAAUCCUACACUUUCCCCAUCCUCCACCUUUUAGACUUGAAUGUAGACUGUUCUGCAGCAACUGCACUUGGACUCGAGGAAACUUCUAUACACAGGCGUCCAUUUUCCUUCUGACAGCAAGAUGAAGUGUGUCCCACAAAAAGAUUGAUGUGUAUACACUUGUAAACAUGUAAAUACGUUUUUUCUAUCAUCUUGUUACCUUUGAUAAAAUAAUUAGUUACUGGGGCUGGAAGGAAAUGGGUAACAUGUUGCUGUGAACUAAAGCUGUGAAGGGCACUGUUGCAUGCAGCACCAACAUCAUUGCUAUUUUCUGUUAACUUGUGUAAAUACAUCAAGCAAUCUAUAGUUAGAAGUUGAUAACAUGCAACACAAUCUCCAUUUAUGAAUUGAAAUGUUUGCAUACAGCAACAAAUCCUUUACUGACCUGAUUGUGCUGAAGUGCUUAGUAAUGAGGUUUUUACAUUAUUUCUUUUCCAGUGCCCCCUCUGUUCCGUUCACUUCCUUUGACUCCCCAAGGAAAAGGUACCAUCUAGUUAUGAAGCAGAAGCAAAAACAAAACAGCUUUUGACCUAAUUUAAAAAAAAAUUAGCCAGCUAAAAUGCAAACCUAACAGAAGCCUUAAAUUACUGGAAACCAAAAAAAAGGGGAGAAAUGGGUGGAAAAAUUGUACUGGUGACUACAGUACUUCUACUCAUUUUGCCAUCCAUCCAUUUGAGUCUUCAAGUGAUCAGAACAACUAGUUUUUAUUAGGGUAUAUGCAUUGUAUUUUUUUUUGUAACUAUCAUAAUCUCCAACUUUAUCUUUUGUCUUAUCCAGUGAAUUGGAAUUCAUGUUGAUUAUUGACUUGAAGGGAAACAAAUAAGAAGCUCCCAAUUACCAAAUCCACUUUCUCUGCACUUUGUUACACUUUUGAAGAACUGGCUUUGUUUCAUGCAGCAGCAAGGUUGUUUAAUCACUCUUUUUUUUAAGAUUAGAGCUUGGCACAGUUGAAAGCAUAGAGAGAUAGUAUGAGGGGCUCGUUACUUUAAUCCAAUAUGAGAAUAAAAGUAAUGUUCCCAUUACUUAAUGGAAGUCAGUUAUGACAUGCAGAAGUAGGUCCCUGCUGCACUUGACUUCCAGUUCUUGGAUAUGUUCAUGAAGAAAUAUGUAUAUUUAUGUUAGUUGCACCUACUGAAUAAAUCUAGGAGUUUAUUUGGGCACAAAAUUAUCUAUAAUUUCACAUCUUCCUUGCCCAGUCUGCCCAUUAUAUCGGCCUCAUCCUGUUCAUAAAGCAAGUUUUAUGCUAAGAUUUGUCUAGAUAACAAUAGAACCAUGCCUAUAGAACUGUAAAAAUGUUGAUAGGAUGCCAUUGCAUUUACUUUUGAACCCUUUUGAGUACUGGUAAUGGUAUUGUAUCUAAAAUGUUCAAGAUUUUCCAUGGGUGUUAUGCUAAUAGAUCUAUGACUAUUUAAAUAUUCUUGGUGAUCUGACUUGUACAUUGAAGAACGUAGUUGGGUUUUUUCCCUGAACUUGAAUAACUAAUCUUUGCGUUGUUGCCUGUUGCUGUGCCCUUCACAGUGUACUGGUAGUUUGGCCUGAUGUACAGGCAGUGUGAAGCAAUGGGUCAGAAAAUAUUGUUAGUAUCCUCCAGCCUGAGUAACAGCUGUCUCAGAGGCACCUGUAUUUCUAACCAACUUCUGCACUUACAAACCAUAUUAAUUUGUGUUUGAAAUGCACAAUCAUUCUGGAAGAAUCCUUUUCAGUUCUCAAGUUCUGCCUGUCAAAGGUUAUUAAGCUGUUUGUUCCUGGCCCUAUGGAAUUUUCCACUAGCUGUGUGUUGAAGACCAGGGCAGAAAACAAUGCUGUUUGGGCACUUUGAAAGGAAUUCUCUUUAAAAUUGAAUCUACUGUUAAUUGAAACUGGCAAACGCCCAUGGGUCUAUAAAUCCUGGAGUUGACUUCUAUGGAGUGUUGGAUUGCUGGUGAUUCAUCCUUGUGAAAUUCCAAAUUAGUUAAGUUGUAUGGUGGUGUCCCAAUGGUGAACCAUUGGAUUCUUCACUUAAUUCCCUUCUUUGAAAUGAACAUCCAUUUCGCAAGUACUUGGGAAUUGGUUUGAAAGAGUGCAGAAGUAGUUCAGGACUAGAAUCCAUUACUAAGUGUAAUCCAUACGUAAAUAGGCACCUUGCACUGGGAGUGCAAUAAACAAUUUGUGCUUUGUAUUGCCAACUAUUUGUUACUGGUAUUUUUAAGUUUUAACAAAUUUGCCCCUGCAUUUUGAAAAGUAAAAUUCUAGAUGUGUACAGGUGCCUCUCAGACAGACAUCCACUUUGUUAAUGUGCAAAAAUUAUAGGGUUUACAAGGUUUAAAAUGCUGUAAGAUAAGUCUCAGUAGCAGAAAGCUGUGUUAAUGGAAAGACUUGAGCAUGGGUACCAGCUGUGUAAACACCUCUAGUUCUACAGGUACUUCAUUUUUAAAAACAGCUACUAUUGUGGCACGUUGGUAUUAGAGUGGGUGCAAGGAGAAAUUGACCAAAAGUAGCAUGUUGCUCUUGUACUGCGGCUUUCUUCAUCCACAAUUUAAAAAGAGGGGAUUGUUCCACACACUUACUUCCCACCUUGUAUAUAAAAUCAGAUGGCAGUGUGCACAUCAGAUGCAAAGCUUGUGUUGGACUUUGAGCAUAUACACUGCCAUCAUUAACAAACAAGCCUGGUGCCAUGGUUUAACAAUCUCUUCUGAAGCACAGACAAGUUGGAAAUGUGUAGUAGUAUUAAUGCUUGGAGCCCCCUUUUUAAGGGUUGGCACUUAACUGUACUAUCUCCUUCAUAGCUACAGGUGUUGGUGGCUAUCAGGGGAUAGAAGACCAUGUCGGAGUAUACAAACUUGUUUGAUAUAGGGAAAGAUGCUUUGUUUCCAUUGUUGAGUGUGUAAUCAGAUCUCCGCCUCAACAAUGAUUUUUUUUCUUAUUUGUAAGCCAGGAAAAAGCAGUUAACAGCAGAUGCUUAGGAUAAACUGCUUUAAGAACUUAGUAGUUUACAGCUCUUUUUUUUUAAAGGUGUCUUCACUAAGUAGUCAUCUUUAGAAGAAUUGUUUAAAAGGGUUGUGCUGUAUAUACUAAAUUCUUCAAAGCAGUGACUGGCUCAAGAAUUUUAUAAUUUUUUUGGGAGGGUGGGACAACUUUUUAAUGUUUAUAGAAUGAGAUGAAAGCAUCUUUCCCGUAUUCUCCACAGAAAUGUUUCUGAUGUGUGAAGUCACAGUUUGGCUUGCAGUAUCAUCAAUAAGCCCUUCACACAUGAGGUGACAGUCAUCUCAUUCUAUUUAUAUAUGUGGAUUGGGUGGGUGAAUCUGCUGUUCUGAGGACUACAUCUGCAUAGAAAGUGAGCACUUUAGACCUGACAUACCUGUAGUGUGAUAAGUGAGGAAAUUUCACAAGUCACUCUGGGUGACUUCAUGUGGCCAUCUGACAAAGACAGUUUGUUAUUUACUCUAAAAUGUUCAGUUGCUUUAAUAAUUGGGUGUCUUUUUUUUUCAGUUCUCUUCUUCCCCCCCCCCCCCCUCACUUUGAAGAGGUGAUGGAGCUCUUUUCAUUGUGCAGAUGUUGUCCUUGGGAGGGUCUGGGGUUGGUCAGGGUCAAGAGUUACUGAAAUAAUUCCAUAUGCAUAUAUAUGGAUUGUUACCAAAGGGUAAGGGGAGUUGUGAGUUUGGGUUUAAAAACAAAUUUAAAAAAAAAAACCUGUUCCAUUUCAGUGUUCAAGAAAAACUUGAUGUUUCCCCAAUUUGAACAAAGUUCCAUAAAAUGGUGUCUUAAAUAAAAACAUAAGUUAAACCUAUUACAGUAAGGAUACUGAAAUGAUAGGACUGUUAAGUGGUAACACAUGAAAAUGAAUAGUGUUACAAGUUUGAAGCAGAGUCUACUUUAAAAACAAUUGAUUUGGUUUCCUAUAAUGAGUUAAUUGGCUUUGAAUGUUCCAGUGAAAUAAAAAUAACUUCACUUUUCAAACCAGAACUUUUCUUUAAAGCUGAUGUUAUAUGGUUCGGUUGUGACGAGAUAUGGAUGCUUAUUCAGAAAGAGUUAAUUGUUUAGAGAAAGCUACAGAGUUGUGUUUUCAUUUCAAUAAAAAGUCACUGGAAUCUAA